AUGUUUAAUGUUAUUAAAGCCUAUGCAAAUUCAACGACAGUGCCUCAUUUAUUUUUUCAAACCAGACAGAAGACAAAAACACAUUGGGCGAAAUUAAGAAAGAAAACUGGUCCAAAAUACAAAGCAUUAAGCCAUUUUGACGACUUUUAUGGUUCUGUUUAUGGUGAGCAAUGGGCUCCAAUGAAAGAAGCUUUACUACGCCGAUCGAAAUAUGUAGCGGUUAUUAAUAAUUAUGGAGAUGCAGAAGAAACUAUGAAGUAUCUCAGUAAUAGAGGUGCACAUUGCCUCAAGGAAUUAAUGAAAGUACAACAGGAUUUUGAAAAGGAAUAUUGCCCAACUGCCAAUAUAGAUACACAAAUACCACCACAAUCAAAUACCUUACAAAACUAUAUAUCUAGAUUACAGUCUGAUGAAGUUUCAGAGCUGUACCCAAAAAGUGAAAAUAUGCCAGAAAAGAUAGAUAUAAGUGUUAAGGCUACAAAUGAUAGUAUAGAAAAUAGAAGCACAAAAGAGGUUGUAGUUAAAAACAAUACUCUCGACCAGGCAUUAGAAGAGGCAGAAAUUGAUCAGUCUCGAUUGAUUGAUCCGUCAAUAGGCAUUAGCUCUGAUGCAUUAUACCAGUAUAUACCAGCCACAAAAUUGAAAGGAAUUGAUGAAUGGAUUCCGGAGUCAUUACAUUAUUCUUAUUAUACUAGUUCUGAUAAGGACUUCCCAUUAAUUGUAGAACCGGAAACCGAAUUUACCUUUCCAGAGCAUUUAAAAGUGUAUACAUAUGAAAUGGACAGUGAAUGGAGCAUGUUUCCAGCGCCAAAGAGAUCAAAAACAGGCGUGUUCAACUAUUACCCUAUGGACUGCAGCAGUGUGCUGGCGGUACUCUCUCUGUGCCUGACGGCGGGCGAUCGCGUGCUGGACCUGUGCUCAGCUCCGGGCGGCAAAGCACUAGUCGCGCUGCAGACCCUACUGCCGGACGUGGUCGUCUGCAACGACCCUUCAAUAUCGCGCUCCAACCGGACACAGCAGGUAUUCCGCGACUAUCUGAUGGACUUCGAGACGUGCAACAAAUGGCGGGAAAGGGUUGUGCUAUCCCGCGUUGACGGCCGACUGUUCACCGAUGACCAAGGUUUCGAUAAGGUGUUAGUGGAUGUGCCCUGCACGACGGACCGACACUCUGUGAACGAAGACGAGAACAACAUAUUCAGACCUGACAGAGUCAAAGAGCGGCUCCGGAUACCUGAGCUGCAGACUCAGCUUCUAGUUAACGCCCUCCGGCUGGUGCGCGUCGGUGGAGCGCUCGUCUACAGCACGUGCUCCCUGAGCCCGGUCCAGAACGACGGCGUGCUCCACACGGCGCUCAAGCAGGCGUUCGAGGCGCACCAGAUCGUCGCCGCAGUCAGGGACCUGUCGCCCUCGCUGAGGUGCCUGAGCAGCACCCUGCGGCUGGGCGAAGGGCCGGCCAAGCCGCGCUACGGCCAGCUGGUCGUGCCGACGGUCGGCGCCAACUUCGGCCCCGCCUACAUCGCCCGACUAGUCCGCCUCAGA